UCCAAAGUAAUAUAUCAAAGUCAAUUUUAGCACGAACUUCUCAAGGUAAGGUCAUUGUGUAAGAUCUUAUGUGGAAACAAACGAAUUUAGACAUUACGAAAAUUUAUAUAAGGCUGUGUUUCACACGAACCAAAAGCUAUAAGAUGUAAUUACAGCGAAGAAGCCUGCAUUUGUUUAAUAUCAUGCGCGAAGAAUUCACGUUCUUGUAUUUGAAUUUUAAUAUAUAUUUAAAAUGAAGUUGGUAUUAAUAGAUAUAUUACUUGUGUUAUUUGUUAAAGUUAUUCCAGUUUAUAGUGAGUGUGAUACUUAUUUUGGAUGCAUUCAGGACACAUUGUUUGGAUCUUUUAUAAAUCUGAAUGCUACAGAAACUCAAGUUAGUGACGUAGAUGUUCCAGGUUUCGAGAAUGUUAAUUUAGAAUCAGAUAGUGUUGAUACCAUUUUGAAACAUAUAUCUGAUUUAUUUGAAGAAUUCGUUGCUGACUAUAAUUUGAGUUCACAGUUCGACGUAGUUCGUAAGAAUAGUAAUAAAACAUCAAUAUUUGUUAAAACCAUUGAAACUGAUAAAUUUAACGAAACCUUUGUGAAAAAUAUAGAAGAUAAGAAAAACACUAAUGUGACACAUUCAAAUACGACGAAUAAAUCAAAGGAUGCUGAAGAAAAUACUGAGUUACCAACUAAAGAACAAUUUCGGGUUAUUAAAAUGAACGAAAAAAAUAAAACAAAAAAAAUAAAAGUGGAAACACUCCACAAACCGGUUUUAGAUGUUAAUGAAUUGUCAAAAAAAGUGACGGAAAACGAGAUAUUAGAUAUAGAUUCGAUAGAUUACGAUUUAAUUGAUAAUAGUACUGAUUACCCAAUAAUUGAUUAUAUAGAUCUGUACAAGGAUACUACUAACGAAGAUGUAAAUAUGAGAACAACUGUUUUGACAUAUCCAUUAGAUGAUACCGUUGGUAUACAAACAACUACGCUAAACAGUUAUAUAAACGAGGAAAUAAACAAUAAAGUUUACACAAAAGACUGCAGUAAUACUACUGAUAUCGAAGAAAAUAUAUUUCCAUGGGUAACGGCGAUAUUUAUUAAAAACGAAACAAGUAAUCAGUUUGAUUACUAUUGUGAUGGAGCGUUAUUAUCAGAUACAAUUAUAAUAACAGCUGCAAGUUGUAUUCAGAAGCCAAACGCUACAGCAGAUGACAUUCUAGUCAUAUUAGGAAAGAGAUCUCUUCGUGACAUGACAAACGACGAAAUGAUUUCCAAGAUAAAAGAAGUACAUGUACACGACAAUUUCACUGGUUCGAAUCACGACAUAGCAAUCAUUGAAAUGGCAGAACCGGCGACAUUAAGUGAUCGCAUCCAACGCGCACGUCUUAGCGGGGAUCGGGGCAAAUCUGCAACAACCGGCUGGGCUAUUUCUGGUGCUCUAACGCUAAUUCCUUUUGAAGACGAACAUAUAGAUUGUAACGAAACAUUACCUGAAAAAACAUUUUGUGCUGUCUACGGAAAUGAUAUUAGCGUCUGUCCAAGUUACGGAGGUCUGUAUGCUACCAGAGGAAUAGACGGGUGGUUUCUUCGAGGUAUACGUAGAGCCGAUCCUACUAAUAAAGUUUUUUGUAUAAAUCGAUCUUUGGUUUACACGGACUUAAAAUACUACAGUGAUUGGAUAAAUAUGUAUGUUAAAUAAAUAUGUAUAUAAAAAUAAAUUAUUUUGACAGUAAUAGAAUAAGUUUUUAUCCAAACUAAAAAACACGUCAAUCGGUUACAUAGUUUUGGACCUUUAUGACCGCUUUAACUUAAUUUAACUUGAUAAUGCUUGAAACCAUCAAUAUCUAUCCAGAAACUUUCAUUUUGCUUCAUAAACGUAUAAAUAUACGAAAGUAUAUUAUUUUUAAGUUACUUAUGUUGUUUCCAAAUUUUAAAAGAGGAUCAAAUAGAACAUCUGGUUACAGCCAGUAUUAUAUUUUAAAUAUAUUUUAAAGAAAAAGAAGAUUAUGACUAGAAAUAUAUAAUAGAAAAAUAGUAAUUGAAGAUCUUUUCACCUAAGUAAUUGUUUGUUUUUAAGUCAUCUUCACUGCAUUUUUAUGAAUCUACUUUUUAUUUUACUACCUGAACGUAUUUAAUGAUGGUUAUCGAUGUUUUUUGAUAAAUAAUUUAGAACAGUUUAUAGAGAUAAAAAUUCAAUUUGUUAUUUAUAGUUCCCAAAAUAGAUAUUUAAAUUUGAUUUCAUAGUCUUUUGAUGGAAACAACGCUCAUAUCUAUCAUGGUUUGUAACAAAUGUCAGUAAAAAUAUGCUCUAUAUUUAUUUUUUGUAUUUGUUUUAUAAAAUUUCGCAUGAUAUUAUUCAAGUAAAUACAAACAAGGACAUUUUAGUAUAUUUUGUUACGGAUUUUGCUGCCUAAUGAGGUUGUUAGUUAAUUGACAGUGUAUGGUUUUUUAAUUAUUUUUUUACAAAAUAUAUACUUUUUAUAAAAAAAUUAAUUGUAUUAUCUUUUAAAUCCUCUAUUUACAUAAUCGUUAGGUUGUUGUCUUCAAAACGUUGAAGACUUCUUGACCUCUACUUUACUCUUGCCAAAAAUUUUAGAGACCCAUCCAGUCCGGUCCAAUAGACUAAGGACCUCAUCAAAUCAUUUAUAAAAUUUUUUGCUUUAUUAAUGGAUACUUGACAGUAACAGAAAUAAAUGUCUUAUUUAUAAAUGUA